AUGAAGUCUAAAAAUAAAGUGUAUCCAGUCAUAUUUUUACUGAUCUGCUAUGUCAAAGGACAAGAAGUAAGUGUUCAGGACAACCCGUAUACCAAUUACAAUAGCAGUGGAGUUUCCUCAUCAACCACUAGCAGAUAUGGAGAAGUAAAUCCUUAUAGCCAACCAUCAGACAAUGCUUACAAUCAAAAUGACAUUCAAGGUAAUCAAAAUGAUCCGUACGGUCAAAGAGAUCAGUAUGGAAAUCGAAUAGGUCAAACUGAUAUUUACAAUCGAGGAAAAAACGAAUUUGACUAUAAUAACCAAAAUCAAUAUCCAGGAGGAACAAAUCAGUAUCCUGGUGGGUCAAAUCAACAUCCAGGAGGAGCUUGGAGGAAUAAUAUUUUUGAAAGUGGAAGAAGACCUUUUGAUGCUCAUACAACAUUAAUUAAGGAAGCAACUUAUUUCAUUGUUGCAUCUAAAAUGGUAAGACCUGGCCAACUCUACAGGGUAUCUGCAAUGGUGAUUAAAGAGACACAACCAUUAACAGUAAGGGCUUCAAUUCAAAGAAAUGGAGUUGAAAUGUCUUCUGAUCACAAGAAAGUUAAGGAGGGUAUUCCAGAAACACUUCUGAUGAGGGUUCCAAGUACUAGUGCUCCAGGGGAAUAUAAAUUACGAGUAGAAGGACUGUAUGAAGAUGUAUUAGGAGGUGCUCAAUUUGUAAAUGAAACUGUUUUAACGUUUUCUCAAAGAUCUAUGACAAUAUUUAUACAAUUGGAUAAGCCUGUUUACAUGCAAGGAGAAACAGUGCAUUUUCGAACCAUACCAAUAAAUACAGAAUUAAAAGCGUUUGAUGAUGCUCUGGAUGUUUAUAUGUUAGACCCAAGUGGGUUCAUAAUGAAAAGGUGGCUGUCAAGACAGUCCAAUUUAGGUACCGUUAGUCUUGAUUAUCAAUUAUCUGACCAACCUGUGUUUGGGGAAUGGAAAAUAAGGGUUAUUGCUCAAGGGCAAGUUGAAGAAUCAACAUUUUUAGUUGAAGAGUACUAUCAAACACGAUUUGAAGUUAACGUCACUAUGCCUGGCUUUUUCUUGAAUACAGAACCAUACAUUUAUGGUACAGUUAUGGCAAAUUACACAAGUGGUGCUCCUGUUCAUGGUAACUUAACAUUAAAAGCAAUAGUUCGACCUAUUCGCCCAAUAGAUCCUAAACACUACCUUAAAAAAUCUAGAAAAAGACCAAUGGACCACCAGAAUCCAUAUUAUGAUACUAAUAGACCAUAUGAUAUAAACAAUCAACCCUAUGAACCAACCUAUGACAACUUUGGACAGGAAGAUAGUAACUAUAACAGGCCAAUAUUGGAAAAAUAUUUCAAUUUUGAUGAAGUUUUACCAUUUUGGAUGCCAACACCGGUGAAUUAUUACGAACCCAUUCCUAGUAUGAAAUAUUUUAACGGAGUGUACGAAUUUAAGUAUCCAAUUCAGGAAUUGUUGCAUUACGCUCCUGCCUUGGAAGGAGUGGAAAUCGUGAUUACAGCUACGGUUGGUGACAAAUUUCUAGAUGAAAUAGUUGAGGGUUAUUCCACAGGCAGAAUUUUUAAUUCUAGCAUCAAAUUGUCAUUUUUGGGUGGGUCUCCACAAGUUUUUAAACCUGGAAUGCCAAUAACAACAUACAUUGUUGCUUCUUAUCAUGAUGGUUCUCCUUUACCAGACUCGAUUCUUGCUAAUAGUGUUGUUGAAGUAAUCACAACUGUAGAUAUGAGAGGAACAUCGGGUAGAAGAGAUGUUCCUCCUCACAAUUUAUUCCAAACAGAAGAUAAUCCAGGAGUAUGGGAAUAUAAAGUCGAUUUAAAAAGAGAUUUGGGAGUAAGUGGACCAAAAGCGUAUGAAGAACUGAGCCAGAUGAGUGCUAUUAGAAUUCAAGCUACAUUUAAAGAUGGUUAUACUGGACAACGAGCUGUGACUGAACUUUUGAUGCUAGCUCAUUACAGUGCAACUGAUCAACAUAUAAAAGUUAUUACUAGCACAGUGGAUCCCAAAGUUGGUGAAUAUAUGAUUUUCCACAUUAGAAGUAACUACUACAUUGAAAAAUUCAGUUAUCUCAUAAUUUCUAAAGGAAUAAUUUUACUAACUGGAGAUCAAGAUAUGGGCGAUUACGUUAGUACCAUGGCAAUAGCGUUAAGUGCGGAAAUGGCUCCAGUAGCAACUAUUGUUGCUUGGCAUGUAGGUCACAAUGGUGAUUUGACAGUUGACAGUUUGACUUUCCCUGUUAAUGGGAUAAGUCGAAAUAAAUUUCAAGUUUUCAUUAAUAAUAAAAAAGCACGAACAGGUCAUAAAGUCGAGGUUGCCAUUUACGGAGAACCUGGUUCUUAUGUUGGUCUAUCAGGAAUCGAUCGUUCAUUUUACACAAUGCAAGCUGGCAAUGAACUGACUUAUGCCAAAGUUAUUUCGAAAAUGUCAACAUUUGAUGAACAGACCAAUGGCACCCACAGACAUCUUUGGUUCUCUCAUGAAGGUUAUCCCGAUGAAAUUGUUCACUUUCCAAGUAAUACUUUCGGAAUUGAUGCUAAUAGAACAUUUGAAUAUGCUGGUCUCGUUGUAUUCAGUGAUUUUUCUUUACCCCAAAGACCCAUUUUUUGUAAUGCUACACAAGGAUUUGGAGAAUGUCUUGAUGGACGUUGCUAUCCAAUACGUGGAAGGUGUAAUCACUAUAUAGAUUGUGAAGAUGGUUCAGAUGAAGCUGGAUGUCACUACGAAAAUAGUACAGAUUUGGCCCUUUUCCGAAAAUAUCGAUUUAAUAGAAUUCAACGUCAAUACGAAAAUGUCUGGGUUUGGAAAGAUGUAAAUAUUGGACCUCAUGGUAGGUACAUUUUUAAUAUACCAGUUCCAGCUAGACCAGCUCAUUGGAUGGUAUCCGCAUUUUCUAUGAGUCCUUCAAUGGGCUUCGGAAUGUUGCAUAAAGCUAUUGAGUAUGUUGGUGUUCUACCGUUCUUCAUAAAUGUAGAGAUGCCCAAUAAAUGCAUGCAGGGUGAACAAGUUGGUAUCCGUGUAACUGUCUUUAACUAUAUGACAGAAGAUAUGGAGUCGACUGUUGUAUUGACAGGUUCUCAAGAUUACAAAUUUGUUCACGUAGAAGAAAAUGGUAUAGUCCGAGCUUAUAAUCCACGCACAUCAUUUGGCGAACACCAGUUCUUUAUAUUUAUAAAGGCCCAAGACGCUGUUGUCGUAUAUAUACCAAUUGUGCCGCAAAGAUUGGGUGACAUUGACGUGACAAUUUACGCAAAUGCCCUUAUUGGAAAAGACCAGAUAACGAAGAGGCUGACUGUAGAGUCUGAUGGUCUUCCACAAUACAGACAUCAAUCUAUGCUUAUUGAUUUGAGUAACAGGGCAUAUGCAUUCCAAUACAUGCAUGUUAAUAUAACAGAAACUCCUAUUAUUCCUUAUGAAUAUGAUCGUUACUAUGUUUAUGGUUCAAACAAAGCAAGAAUAUCACUUGUGGGUGAUGUAGUUGGAGCCGUUUUUCCGACGAUGCCCAUAAAUGCCACUUCAUUACUGAGUUUACCAAUGGACUGUGGAGAGCAAAACAUAUUUUCAUUUGCUGUAAACAUGUACACCAUCCUCUACAUGAGAUAUACUCAAAUUAGAAAUAAGACCAUUUCCCGAGAAGCUUUCCAUCACAUGAAUAUUGGAUAUCAAAGACAGCUUUCUUUUAUGAAACCAGAUGGUUCAUUUAGUACAUUCAGAAGUGAUUGGAAUCAGUCUGUCUCUUCAGUAUGGCUGACUGCAUAUGUUGCGAGAGUAUUUCAAGAAGCCAGUUUUUAUGAGUGGGAAAAUUACAUAUAUAUCGAUCCUGCCGUUAUAUCCAGAUCAGUAGAGUGGGUUCUAAAACAUCAAAGUGAGGAUGGUGCUUUUUGGGAGGAAGAUUGGCUACCAGACAGAAAAUACAAUUCGACUCUCAAUAUUGACAAUGACCCUAUUAGAUAUAGAAAUAUUACACUUACUGCUCAUGUACUUAUUAUGUUGGAAUCCGUUAAAGAUUUGACAAGUGGACUUAGUUCCAAAGUAGCCAUAGCAUCGAAACAAGCGAUUCACUGGUUAGAAAGAAAUAUGGAGUUACUGAAAGAUAAAGGUUCCGCUUUUGAAGUGGCAAUAGUUGCAUAUGCUCUGAUGAAGAGUAAAGCCUCAAAUGCUGAGACUGCUUUCUUGGAAUUAUCCCGUCGACAGCGCCUGGAGGGCGGCUUAUUGUAUUGGGGUCGACAGGGAAUACCUCAACCACCCUAUAAGAUAGAAAAUCAAAAACCUUUCUUAUUGCCGAGGUUGCCUUAUGAAUAUGAUUCUGAGAACAUUGAAGCAACAGCGUAUGGUUUGAUGGUGUACGUUGCAAGACAAGAAAUAUUUGUAGAUAACAUAGUAAGAUGGUUGAACACUCAAAGAUUGAUGGAUGGUGGAUGGGCCUCAACUUCAGAUACAGCUAACGCCAUGAAGGCCUUGAUUGAAUAUACUUCAGCACAACGUAUUCGAGACAUAUCGAGUAUAUCAGUUUCGGUAGAAGCAACUGCGCUCCCAGGAAAAACUCAAGUGGUUUACAUUAAUGACAAAAAUUGGGCAAAUCUUCAGUACCUUGACAUUCCUAAUGCUUGGGGUACUGUAAAAGUGCAGGCAAAAGGAACAGGUUAUGCUAUCUUGCAAAUGUCUGUACAGUAUAAUGUCGAUGUUGAGAAGUUCCAAACUAAACCACCUGUACCAGCUUUCGAUCUUUGGACUAAGCAAUAUUUCUAUGGAAGAAAUCAGUCUCACAUUACAUACGUCAGUUGCCAAAGAUGGAAUCAUCUAGUCGAAUCUGAAAGAUCUGGAAUGGCCAUUCUCGAUGUAACCAUCCCCACCGGUUAUAUUAUACAACAACAAGAUUUAGAUGCUUACAUACUAUCUUCGAGAGUUAGAAAUUUGCAAAGAGCUAGAUUCUUUGAAAGAAAAGUUGUAUUUUAUUUUGAUUAUCUUGAUCAAGAGGAAAUUUGCGUCAAUUUCACUGUGGAAAGAUGGCAUCCAGUAGCUAAUAUGUCAAGAUAUUUACCUAUAAGAGUUUAUGAUUAUUAUGCACCAGAACGAUUCAACGAAACGAUUUUCGAUGCCUUAUCGUCCUACGUCCUUGACAUAUGUCAAGUUUGCGGUAGCAGUCAGUGUCCCUACUGCCAAAUUUACAAUGCAGCUACAGGGUUGUAUGUAUCGAUGUACGUCCUACUUCUUACCAUGUUUGUGACAAUAAGUUGGUUUGUAAAGUUGUAA